UGGCUGCCGGGCGGCGGCGGCGGGAUUCGCCUAGACUCGUGGGCGCGGGGAGGCGAGAGGCGAGUGGGUACUGCGGCCCACCCGGGAUGGGCCAAGCCCGGCCUGGCGGGGCCGAGCGGGAGCCGAAGGCGGCACGCGGGCCGGGCCUGCGGACCGGGCGGCCCGGGGGCUGAGGUAGUAGAGGUGGGCGCGGAGGAAGGGGCCGGGCGAGGCGGUGGGAGGAGCGGCGAGGGGGCGGAGGCUGGGCGGCGAGAAAGCGGCGCCUGGCCCGAGGCGGCGGCGCCGGAGCAGGCUGAGGCAGCGGCCGGGACGAGCGCCCUGAGGUGGCGGCCGCGGCCCCAUGGGCGGGUGCGUGGGCGCCCAACACGACUCCUCGGGCAGCCUCAACGAGAACUCGGACGGCACUGGAGUUGCUCUAGGUCGUAACCAGCCUUUGAAAAAGGAGAAACCAAAAUGGAAAAGCGAUUAUCCCAUGACAGAUGGACAACUGCGCAGCAAGAGGGAUGAAUUUUGGGACACUGCACCAGCUUUUGAAGGGCGGAAAGAGAUCUGGGAUGCCUUGAAGGCUGCAGCACAUGCUUUUGAAAGCAAUGAUCAUGAACUGGCACAGGCAAUCAUUGAUGGUGCAAACAUAACACUACCACACGGUGCACUGACAGAGUGCUACGAUGAGCUGGGGAACCGAUACCAGCUGCCAGUCUAUUGCUUGGCACCACCAAUCAACAUGAUAGAGGAAAAGAGUGACAUAGAGACUCUGGAUAUCCCUGAGCCACCUCCCAAUUCCGGACAUGAGUCUCAGCUCCGUCUGCGCCUCUCCACAGGCAAAGACCUCAAGCUCGUGGUGCGCAGCACAGACACGGUAUUCCACAUGAAGAGGCGCUUACAUGCUACAGAGGGGGUGGAGCCAGGCAGCCAGCGGUGGUUCUUCUCUGGCAGGCCUCUCACUGAUAAGAUGAAACUGGAGGAGCUGAAGAUCCCAAAGGACUAUGUGGUACAGGUUAUCGUGAGCCAGCCUGUGCAAAACCCAACACCAGUGGAGAACUGAGCUGGGCUUGCCUGCAUCCCAGAUCCCUUGGCUCCUUUUUAUUAUCAUUUCCUACUCUAUGACGUGAAAUUUAUUUUCACUGCUCUGAAUUCCCUAUGAAUGGAUUUAGUUCUGAGGAAUUACCAGUGAAAAAUUCCAUCUGUGAUGGAGACCAACAAAAAUAAUAAAACACACAGAGCCAGCCUCUGGAACUCCUGUAAUUACAAUUUCUAAUUUGAGAGGCAGUUAAGAAAUAGAUAACCAUUUAUUUUAAAACAUUUAUCAACUAUGUAAUGGCUGUAUUUAAAUAAUUUGGAAUGUACACAGACACCAGACCCAUCAAGAACAGCACCAAGCACCUUUUGGAUACAGAAUUUUUAAAAUGUAUAUGUCAAGUUAUAUUUCCAGAACCAUCAAUAAUUAAUAACAGUUACAAAACUUAAACGUUUUUGUUUUUGUUUUAGUGGGACCUAAAAGAGCAGAGGGGAUUGUUUCUCUUCUGGGUUUGUAUUCCUAUUCCACCAGGAAGCAGUGGAGCCUGGGAGUUUGUCAGUGUUGCCUCCCCUCCCCCAAGUCAUGCUCCUAAUUCACAUUCACUCAGUUCUACCAUCCAACACGCUGGCAGCAGACACCCUCUGGAACACCAGACAAUAAUUUGGUAAAUAGUCAGAGUUCUCAUUCUUAGUUGAGAAGUUUUCUUGCCUGCAUAGUGGUUUAAAAUGUCUCUGGUCCCCAGGCUUGAGACUGCUAGCUACCAUGUGAUGCAUUCACUGAUGUAGCCGCUCUGCAUGGCCGUUUCUGGAGCUGACUGACCCCAUCUAUAUUUCUGGGCCAUGUAACAUGGAAAUGGAGUGUGGCUGCUUCCAUUCCAGAAUAAAAGCAAUUCUUUCUUACUCACCUUGCAGGGGGUGGAAGUUAAAUCUUCUCUGCCUGUUCCUGGGAAAACUGUGCCUCUUCUCAGCCUUGGAGAAAACUCCAACUCAAGAUUUUCAAGUGUGAAGGUUUACUGGUGUCACUUAACCGAUAUUGGUGAGAACAAAUGAUGGCACCUGGCGCUAGACCUCAGUACUUUUCACUUCACUCUGAUUCUAGUCAUUGUGGGCAGCAAUGUUCUUCCUGCACCUUCCCACAAAGUGCUGAAUCAACCACCAUAUCUGCACAUGAGGCUGAGGGACUGGAGCACAGUGAGCCAGUCUUACCUCCUGGAGAAGGCUGGAGAAAGCUACCGAGGGUUGUAUUCAAUCUGGAGCCUCUUAAAAGCCGAUUCUGCCAAGCAUGGUGGUGCUUGCAUUUAAUCCCAAACUUGGGAGCAGAAGUAGGCAGAUCUCAGAAUUUGAGACCAAUCUGGAAUACAAAGCUAGUUCUAGACCAGCCAGAGCUGCAUAAUGAAACCCUGUCUUGUGGGGGGCGGGGGGAGGUUGAUUCCAUGAACUAAUGUGACCACACUGUAUCUUUGGAGUCUGAACUGUGUACAGUAGAUGAAAGAGGGCGCUAUGCUGUCUCAGUAGAGAAAUGCCAAACCUUCAACGUCUAUUUGGAUAUAAAACACCAUGAUUUUUGUGACAAAAUGAAACUGCUAAGGAGUUUAAAAUGUAAUGUUUAAAGUGGUGUUAAAUUUCCUAUAGCCUGUUUAAAUAUAUCUAUAAUUGAACUUACGUUUCUGAGAACUUUUAACCAUUUCCCUAAUUCUGUUCAUAAGUUUAAAGUCUGUGACUGCACCUAAUUUAGACUUGAUGGGGGUUGAGUCUAAAUUCAGGAGAAGCACACAUCUUUAACAAUGAGGAAGGUGCUCACAUUCCUGUGUGGAAGCUCCAGGACAUCCGAGUGCAUCGGCCUACCAUCAAGAAGGUUGAUUCAUUUGCCACAUUGAGUAACAGUAUCUCAAAGUCCAUCAACUGGAAAAGAAUGUUUUAAAAAUUAUUUUUCUAAAGGAAAUUUAAUGGUGUCAUCAAUAAUCUAUGUUUGGUAAAGGUCUUGUUUGUUUCUUGAGGGUUGACCUCUCUAAGAGUUUUUUAUUUUAAAGGAACAUAUACUUUGAAUAACGAUCCUCCAGGUGUGUUUAACCUAGGUGAGAAAAAAAACCAUGGUGCUGGUAAUUGUCAAUAGAUUGAUGUAAGAUUGGAUCAAUACUUGAUGUGUAUAAUUUUAGUAUGUAGGGGUUUUGUGCUUUUUUAAAAAAAAAAAAGGUUC